AUGAAUUGUAAACCACCCUGGCGAACAAGAAUCAUAAACUUGAAACGUGAUGGUGAAAACUUCGCAUCGCAAGUGAGAGUUAACAUAUACUAUGAACGAGAUAUUUUGGAAACGGAAAGCCCUUUAUCACUACCUUCUUCACCCCCGCAGCUAGAUAUCGAAGCAUAUCAUGAGACUCCCCCCUGGUCAGGUCAAGAAGAAGUCGUUGCUAACUCAUCUGCAGCUAAUCGAUUGAGGCUUUCUUCGGAGGCUGGACAGCUAGCCAGUCAACCCGCACUUGUUAACCCAUUGAAAAGAAGUAGAACGUUGUCUUCGAAUGUUUUAAGAUUUGCAACCAUAGACGAGAUGUCAUCGUAUUGUGCUCAAAAUAACAUAACAUCAGGAUGUCAUGCAUCCAAUAGGAACACAAAUGCUAGUUCUGAUGAAACUGACGGUGAACUCAACAUGGAUGACUUUGAUCAAAAAAACUUCGUUAUUUCUAUUGACGAGGAAUAUGCUUCAAAAUCUCUCGAGUAUGUUUCCCAGCAAAAUCGUAGUGGUAACAGCAGAUCUCGUUUUUUCUCGCCUAUGUGUAUGUCAGUUUGUCGAGUUUGUAAUAUGGCAAUACCCAAUCAGAAAAAAAAGCAGCACAUAUACACUAGUCAUCUCAAAAAACCUCUUUUCCGUUGCCCUUUGUGCUCAUUUUGCAAUCUGUAUCAUAAGGCAAACGUUGAAAUACAUAUAAAGCGCAGACAUGGAGUGCACUUGAGACCCAUAUCACUCAAAGAAGCAUAUGCAAAAGAUAUUGAUACAUGGCUCUAUAUAUGUUUCGCUGAUCGGAGGAUUUUACGUUGCAUUGAUCCCGAUGUCACCCAGGUUGUUUCUGAUUUGGUUGAUUGGGUAGCAGAAGGACGUAGCCUAUCUAAUAUAACUUCUAUUGACCCUUCUACAAUAUCUAUAAUUUCUAAUGAAACAAAUGCGCUGUUUGAUCCUCAGCAAAUGCCUGAAGAUCUUCUCGAGCCUGAUUCUUCAGAUGUACAGGAAGAAGCAAGAGUAGAUGACUCUAUUGCUAAGCUAAAGUGCCAGAAUACAUGUAGCAUGUGCAAAAUGGCUAACGUCCGACAUAUGGAGCGGCACGUUCUGCAACAUCAUGUACGAUUGCCUAUGUUUCUGUGUCCUUUUUGUCCUUAUAGUAGUAAUUAUGCAGCAAGUAGCGUGAAAGAUCACAUACGGGUGAAACAUAGUCUAACUGAGCAAGCGCAACCAAUUGAUCUUAGGGAUGAACACUGGAUACAUAUCAGAAAGGUUUAUGAUCGAUGCUUUUCUUCCCCUAUAUUCAACCACAAUUUGAAAAAAGACAAACCUAAUAAGUAUAGAAUUCCUUUUGUGGGGAAAUAA